GUGUCCCGAAAUGUCUACUCCUUUUUUGAGUUGACAAAUUUGCCGUAACGUGCUCCAUCGGUCAAACACCGCCUGCCCCUUCAGCUCUCACUGAAACCCCGACAUACAUGCCCGAUUUCCCUGCUCCUUUUCGUCCUCUUUCAUUUCGCUGGCAAAAUACAAACAGAACAACGGAAAUCAAACAAAGUUUCCUUUGAAAACAACUUCAAACCAUUUUCCUGAGAAACCAAAGAAAAAAACAAAAGAGAGAGAUAAAGACAUGGCUCUCCAUCUCACUACCGUUUCCAUAGCCCUCGUCCUCCUCCUCGUCCGAUCGCUACUCGCCACGUCAUUCCCCCUCAACAUCACCGACAACGCAUCGUCAGCCUACGAAAUCCUCCAAGAGUAUAACUUCCCCGCCGGCCUUCUCCCCAAAGGAGUCGUAAAGUACGAUUUAGACGAAUCCACGGGCCGAUUCCAUGCCUACUUCACGGGUUCGUGUAGCUUCUCAUUAGAAGGAUCUUAUCAACUCAAAUACAAAUCCACAAUCAGCGGAAUCAUUUCCAAUAACAGGCUCAAAGACCUUAGUGGAAUAAGCGUCAAGGUCCUGUUUUUAUGGCUGAAUAUCGUGGAGGUUAUUAGAGAUGGAGAUGAGCUGGAGUUUUCAGUGGGCAUUGCCUCUGCUAGCUUUCCAAUUGAUAACUUUUAUGAGUGUCCGCAGUGUGGAUGUGGAUUGGAUUGCGUUAAUAGUAAAGUAAGCAAGUUUAGAGUUAAGUCAUCUUUUGCUUCAAUUUAGAGGAAUUUGUUUAAUAAAAUAAUUAUAUUAUUGAAUUUUCUUAAA